AUCAGUCAGUGCGACCUGGCACACCCCAUCGGUUUAGCUUCCGCCUUGCCAGAAAUCCUCUGGCAAAUCUCCACGGUGCAACUCGCUAUGGCUGAAAGCGCGCUGCUGGCCAGGCCACCCGUCAAAAUCUCCUUAUGGAGAGCCCUCCCCCCAGUCCAUAUCUCCCGUUCUGCCUGCUCAUCUCCGCCUCGCACAUUGCCGUCCAGGAUUCCAAUCUCCGCGUCCGCAGCAAGUACUCGACAUGACUCUCCGCACUCGUCUCUCUUGAACCGGCCUGGAUUUUCACAGCCUGGAAGCACCCCGAGGGGCACCCGCUUCUCUCGAUUGUCACUCGUCGGUCGAGCACCUGAGCGGAGACGCGGCGAAUUCGUCGUUCCCCGCGCGUUUCCCCUCCCCCUUGAUCCCUGCCUUCCCGCGGAUCCCUUGUCGCCCGCUUGUUGGGAUUCGCUGCUGACGCUCCGAGUCUAGCAGCAACCCUCUCUCAUCUGCUUUUCGUGGACCCCUGGUCGCCCAACGUCGACUCGCAGAGCAUCGCGUCGUCGCUCUUCGCCGUCUCGCUCUUCCCCUACCUCGGAUUUCUCUACUUCCUCACGCGGUCGGGGACAGCGCCGCGCAUCACGCUGUUCGGGUUCUACUUCCUGCUCGCAUUCGUCGGCGCCACCAUUCCUGCCGGAAUAUAUGGUGAGCUGCUUCACACUCUGCAUGGUUCCGCGCCUUGGAGCUGUUGCUUCCCAUGCCUCGGCAAAAUACACUACGGGACAUCGCUCUCAAAUGUGGACUAUCUGCACGGCAGCGCUGAGUCCCUGCUUACAGUCACAAACCUGCUUAUUGUGUUUGGCUUGCGCAAGGCGCUCAGAGAUGAGGAGGCAAGUGAAGGUGCAGUAGGCGAUUCUCUUACAUCAGUUUCUAGUGAGCGUGCGGUUGCGAAGGAGAACAGAGGGGCAACUGCUGACGAGGUAGAGUGACCCGUAUCUCUUCAUCAGUAUGUAGUUCCCCUUUUCCGUGUAGUGCACGUUUGUUUUUAUUUAGUAAACCGGAGAAUGGAAGAAAGCAUUAUUCUUCUACCCGAUUAGUCUGUGGUCACGUUGAUGGCAUGGCACUCUUAACAACA